CUCUAUUCUCCAGCAGUGAGAGCGAGCGCGGCAGUGUGUGCUCCUAUCAGCCGAGAGCCGGUGCGAGUCGGGCGGGAGAAUCGGAGACCCGGCCGCGGUAACCUGGAGCUUUGCGGCGUCCAGCGCUUUACGGAUUACUAACCCGGUCAGCGGAGAGUGUACCGGGACCCGGAGUCUCUGUGUGCGGGCCGCUGGAGUGCACAAAUCGGACUGCAUCACCAGAAAACCGCGGAUCAGAUCAGAGGAGCGGAGCGGGGAGAGAGAGCAUGACCCAGCCGCCCGAGAGGCCGUAGAGCAGUUCCCCAUGGUUCCACUGUGGAUCACCUAAAGGGCUCUCCUCCAAGCAAAACCUACUAGUUUUUGAUUACCUGGCCUGGUACCAGAACCAUGUCUGCGGCACAGACACACAGCGACAGCGAGCAGCGCUGGGGCUGCCUGGAGUCGCUAGGCUUGAGUCCCAGGGAGCUGGUCCUGGCUGAAGCUCUGCAGAUGGAGUACGACGCCCUGUCUCGCCUCAAACAGGACAAGGGACCAGCUGAGACUGGAACCCCCGAGAGCAGUAAAUCUAGCACUACUAGGACUGAGCGCCCCCUGCCAAGACCUCUGCCAAGCCCACCUGGGGGUAACUUGCACCACGGUCUGUCAGGGUCCGAUUCCAUGCUCAACCUCAUCCAGCCUGGGGUAUCGAACCCGUCAAGGUCCUUCUACAGCAAAGAGCCUCUUUACAUCUUGGACAGCCAGGGGAAAGAUGACUACGAGGGGACGUCACGAAUGCUGUCAAAGGGCCUGCCACCUCCUGACGAACCUCCACCGGCAGUGCCCCCUCGGAACCCCAUCCCCCAGCCUGAUUCCUUCAUGGCCCAAAGAGGGUCAGCUCCCAGGGACGUGAACCUAUUCACCCCUGACGUGGACCAGCCCAAGCUUCCUUCUGGAGAUACUAUGAACUAUGAUAACCUGAACGAUUCUCUGAUGAGGCUCAACGGGGACUGGCCUUCUUCGCCGAGGGCACGGCGAGCGUACAGCGAACAGUCGGGGAAGCCUGUGGCUCGGAGUAAGACCCUACCCCCGCAGGUGCCUCCUCGCACCUAUAUUCCUGGGCAGAUGAGUACCAGAAGCAACCGCAGGGUGUCAGCUGACCCGGUCUCACUGGGUUCUAGACUCAAUGGCUUUGGGUACGAGCUCUUCCAGGUGUCUGAGGAACGUGAUGAAGAGGUGGCUGCCUUCUGUCAUAUGCUGGACGUGUUGCGUUCGGCGUACCCGUGCAGCGAGCGCUCUAAGAACGCGGGCUUCGUGUGGAGCCCCAGUGUGGCGCAGGAGGAGCUGCAGCAGGGGCUGGGGGUCAGCAUAAAGGUCACAGUGGUCAGUGAGCACUUCCGGGAACCCCUCAUCUUCACAUGUGAUGGCUCUUCCACCAUUGACCUGCUGAUAUACCAGACCCUAUGCUACGCCCAUGAUGACCUGGACAUGAUCGACGUGAGCGACUACGUGCUAAAAAUCUGCGGACAGGAAGAGUAUCUCAACAAUUCUCAGACCCUCGCUGGACUUGAGUAUAUCCAGCAUUGCCUGAAGUUCGACUGCGACAUCCGGCUAUUCCUCGCCAGAAGGAGUUCAGUCAACACAGAGCUAGCUCGUACGCUGGACGAUGAUGAGACGCCGUCCACCAUGAACCACAGCAUCCUCCUGCAGGAGAGGCCCAUUAAACAGACUGUGACCAGGGAGGCGCUGACUCUGCUGCUGGACACCUUUCAUAACGAGGCCGAGUCCUUCGUACUGUCUGAGGUUGAGUUGCCAUUGCAUGUGGAGCGUCUUGUUCAGUCGGUGAAGGCCCUGUGCAGCUCGCUAGCUGCAGUAGAAACGCCCGAGAUUACCAGUGCCCUUAACCAGCUACCCGCCUGCCCCUGCCGACUGCAGCCCCGGGUACAGAAGGAUGUCAGCGUGUUGGCGAGGAGAGAAACACGAGAAAACAUCGUUGAGAGGUUGACGGCAGCCAUCUUGGAUCUGGUGGAGCUCUACUGCAGCACGUUCAACGCCAACUUCCACACGGUGCCGCCCAGCAGCCGGCCCACGGCGCCCAUCCAGGAGGCGGGCAUGGUCACCAACGUGCUGUCGUUCAGCGUCCACGCCGCCCACCGCAUCCCCAUCACCUGGGCUGCCAGUUAUGAAGGAUUUUUUCUCUCAUGUUCUCUCACCCAUGGGGGGGAUGAGCUCUGCGCCCCCCAGCACACCAGUAAACAGUCCGUCAGCAAAUAUCUCUUCCAUCUGGUGGUCUGGGAGCAGAGAAUUUGCUUUCCAGUUCAGAUAAACCAGCUGCCGCGGGAGUCACAGCUAACAGUUACCCUUUACGCCACGCCUCUGCCGCCCCCUGGAGGAGCGGAGGAGAAGAGCAAGCAGAAGACUCGCAGUAUGGAGGCUCUAGGCUGGGUCACCAUGCCACUCUUCAAUUUCCGACAUGUUCUGACCUGUGGCAGGAAGCUGUUGGGUCUGUGGCCUUCGACCCCAGGCAGCGGCAACGCCCGCUCCAGCACGCCCAACUUCAGCCAGCCGGACAGCGUCAUCCUGCAGGUGGAUUUUCCCACCUCCUCGUUCGAGGUGCGUUUUAGCACCCCCCCACCGGCCGAGUUCAGCCCCCAGUACGACUUCUCUAGACUGGACCAGAGCAGCCAGAAGCAGCUGCAGGAUGUCCUGUACAAGAAGUCCCUGUUCUGGCUGACCCCUGAAGACCGGCGUUUGCUGUGGGAGAAGCGUUACUUCUGCCACUCUGAAAGCAGCCGUCUGCCCCUCAUCCUCGCCAGUGCGCCCAGCUGGGAGUGGGCAUGCCUGCCCGACAUCUACGCCCUCCUGCACCAGUGGGUCUGCACCAACCACCUGGACGCCCUGGGCCUGCUGCACUCCACGUUUCCUGAUCAGGAGUGCAGGCGCACAGCUGUCAAGUGGAUGGACACAAUCUCUGACCCUGAGCUGCUAGACUUCCUUCCACAACUAGUGCAGGCGCUGAAGUACGAGUGUUAUCUGGACAGUCCGCUGGUGCGCUUCCUGCUGAGAAGAGCCAUCGGAGACGUACGCAUCGCCCACUGUCUGUUCUGGUUGCUGAAGGACGCUCUGCAGGACUCCCAGUUCAGCGUACGUUACCAGCACCUGCUGGCCGCUCUGCUCUGCUGCUCUGGUCACGGCCUGCGGGACGAGUUCGACCGCCAGUGCUGGCUGGUCAACAUCCUGGCCAAGGUGGCCCAGCGUGUCCGAGACACCUCACCUUCCUCCCGACAGGCUGUUCUGAGAGAGGGGCUGGAUGAGGUCAAGCAGUUCUUCUGCAUCAACAGCAGCUGCCGCCUCCCCCUCAACCCUGGCUUGCUUGUCAAGGGCAUUAAUAUACAGUCCUGCUCCUACUUCAACUCCAACGCUGUGCCCCUGAAGCUCUCCUUCCAGAACAUGGAUCUGCAAGGAGACAACAUUAACGUCAUCUUCAAGUCAGGAGAUGACCUGCGGCAGGACAUGCUGACACUGCAGGUCAUCCGUAUCAUGAACAAGAUCUGGAUCCAGGAGGGGCUGGACAUGAGGAUGGUCAUCUUCCGCUGCUUCUCCACUGGACGCAGCCGAGGUAUGGUGGAGAUGAUUCCUAAUGCAGAGACUCUGAGGAAGAUCCAGGUAGAGCACGGAGUUACCGGCUCCUUUAAAGACCGUCCUCUGGCCGACUGGCUGCAGAAACACAACCCUACUGAGGACGAGUACGAGAAGGCUGUAGAGAACUUUAUCUACUCCUGUGCAGGCUGCUGCGUAGCCACCUACAUCCUGGGCAUCUGCGACCGUCACAACGACAACAUCAUGCUGAAGACCAGUGGCCACAUGUUCCACAUUGACUUUGGCAAGUUCCUGGGCCACGCGCAGAUGUUCGGUAACAUCAAACGGGACCGGGCUCCGUUUGUUUUCACGUCUGACAUGGCGUACGUGAUCAACGGUGGAGACAAGCCAUCCAGCCGCUUCCAUGACUUUGUGGACCUGUGCUGUGAGGCUUAUAACCUCAUCAGGAAACAUGCACAUCUCUUCCUCAACCUGUUGGGCCUGAUGUUGUCCUGUGGCAUUCCUGAGUUGUCUGAUCUGGAAGACUUAAAAUAUGUCUACGAUGCUCUGCGACCACACGAGUCCGAGGCAGAUGCCACCAUGUACUUUACCAGGUUGAUAGAGUCCAGUCUGGGCAGUGUGGCCACCAAGCUAAACUUCUUCAUCCAUAAUCUGGCCCAGAUGAAGUUCGCCUCGUCUGAAGAGCGACCGGUUCUGUCCUUCGCCCCGCGGGUCUACACUCUGAAGAGCGACGGCCUCAUCCGCAGCCUGUUCAUCUGCAAUCACAUCAGAACCUACAGCCCCAAUAAAGGCUACGCGUAUGUGGUGAGAGUGGAGCGUGAGGGCCAGCAGGGGGCGUCGUUGGUUCAGAGGAGUUUUGAGGAGUUUCAUGAGCUGCAUGAUAAACUGCGCCUUGUCUUCCCCUCUUCUAAACUACCCAGCUUUCCCAGCCGCUUCAUGAUUGGCCGCUCUCGUGGGGAGGCCAUGGCGGACCGGAGGAAAGAUGAGCUGAAUGGAUACGUGUGGCAUCUGAUCCACGCAUCGCCUGAAGUGGCUCAGUCUGACCUGGUCUACACCUUCUUCCAUCCCUUACCGAGAGAUGAACGGCCAGUGGGAACUGCUGUGAAUACACUAAAUAACAAACCAGCAGAAUUACCCUGGGCGCCGAUACCUGGUAAAGUAGCAGGGGAAGUGAAGCUCUCUAUUUCCUACAAAAGUGACAAGCUCUUCAUUAUGGUCAUGCACAUACGAGGCUUGCAAUCUUUGCAGGACGGGACGGAUCCAGAUCCAUAUGUCAAACUUUACUUACUCCCUGAUCCCCAGAAAACCAGCAAGAGGAAGACCAAGGCAGCUCGCCGCACCUGCAACCCCACCUACAAUGAAAUGCUGGUGUAUGACAGGAUUCCACGAGGGGAUUUGAACCAGAGGUCAAUCCAUCUCCGAGUGCUGGGGGAGGGAGCGUUCUGGGAGAACACUCUGCUGGGCGAGGCCUUCAUUCCCUUAAAGAACCUGACGCCUGGCCAGCACUGGGUCGACUGGCACCAGCUGAGCUUGGGUGGCUCUGAGGCUAGCCGCUAGCCAUUAGCCGCUGGCAGCUACAGGUCAUGAUUACAUUGUCCCGGGGAAAAUGUCUGAAAAUGAACUGGUGUAAUUGGACCUGUUGAGGAGUGUUGUGCGGGUGGAGGUGGAGGUGGAGGUGUUGGUGUUGGCAUAUGCCCGUCUUUGCGUUUGGGUGGGUGAGUUGGAGGUGCCCAGCUGCUCAGAGGGAGGUAAUUUUUCCCCACAGUGGGGGUUUGUGUGUUGAGGAUUCUCCGACCCUGGAGACGUGUAGACUCUGUGAUGGGCGGCCAUCACUACAUGCUGUAGUUUUAGUGUGGUUGCUGUGGUGCACUACGUUGGACCAUGAGGACGAGGGGGCGUGGCUUAAAACACGCCUCUAGCCAAUGGAGAUAUGUGAGAGAUUUAACAAAAAUAAAAACGUAAAUACACACCUAUAUUUAUUGACUCUCAAGGAUUCCAAAGUGGAACAUGUUCCAGAAGGUUCAGGACUUUUGCUCCUCUCGCCCCGACGUGUGCAGCCAACCCUGCGAUUUCCUGACGAGAGAGAACCAGUGAAAUUUAAGUUAUUUCUUUUUAAGAUGUUCUUUUAUUGUGGCUCGAUUUUGAGCUAGGUUUCGUUGUGACAUUUGUUACGUCUCUGAUUGAUUCUAUAUAGAUUGUAUUUAGUUAGCAAAAAAAAAGGGAUUUAUGGAUGGAUUAUUGUUCAAAAAGAAAUGAGUGAUCAAGAGUAAAGAGUAGAUUCACAUUACAGGUGACAGGGAUCGGUCUGAUUCUGAACAAAACUAAAACACUUGAGAUUCUCUGGCAUUCUGUGGCAUGGCAAAUGUGUGUUCCUUACGCAAGGCCUAAAUCAAUCAAACGCUUUAAGAAAAAAACAGCAAAAAUAAGCAGAAUAACACAGUAGGCACGCUUCAAUUGUUAGCUAUUUUUUGUUUGUUUGUUUAUGAAUGUGUAGCUUUAAACUAGGGACGCACUGAAUAUUACAACAUAACAUUUUUGGCUGAAAACAAAAUUGAACAACUGAAUUUUUGGCCAAAUACUAGAUAUUGAACUGGAUAUUGAAUUAUUUUCAUGUUUUCAUAUUUUUUACGACUUUUUUUAUCAUUGCAAAAAUUCAGUUGCCAAAAUGUAUUGUUAUCUUGCUUUUCAAAUGAAAAGACUGGACAAAUUACUGAAGACUGAACAUGUUUAACAUUUUUGUUUAGUUGCUUGUUGCAAUUUUAGUGCAUUAUCAAAAACACCAUUUUCUCUUCACUUUUUCGUCCAAACAAGUGUUUUUUCUGCCAUUUUCGGCCAAAUAAUUUUGUUUGCCAAAUAUUCUGUGCAUCCCUACUUUUGAAACAGUUAAAAUAUUGGUUCAGAGUAAAAAUACAACAGAUUAUGUUCAGAAUGGACCAUAAUACUCAUAAUACUCAAGACUCAUUCCAACAUAAACAAAAUGUGAUGCACCAUUUUACAAAAUCACUGUGGAAACCACUUUUUUCAGUUUAUUUUUUAACUAUAUUUAAAAUAAAAACAAAUAUUUUUCUCUGAUAAAAAAUUUACCUCAAACCCAAUAAAUAUGGCCCAUUUACAAAAAAAAAAAAUCAUAGUGGUAAUCCUGAGUUACGCGGGAACAAACUAUUUAAAAUAACAGUAUCAGUGUCGCUGCAAGAUCAUCCUAAAAGAGUGGUCUGGUAGCUUUGUUGGAUGUAAUUGCUCUACAUUGUGACAGUAUUUCAUAAAUGAACAAAAACAGAAUUUCACACAGCAGUUUGUCUGUAUUAACCUGCAUUAAAAGUACUCUUCCACAUGCUCUGUGCAAUUACACCAUCUCACCAGAGAGGUCUCCAAAUCCACAAAUUUAGAAAACCUGUCUCUCUGACUGUCUCUUUAAAGCCGCAUUCAUUUAUAAACGUCAUAUAAAAUCACUCUUUAUUUUCCAGCAUCUUUUCAACAUUUGCAUUACACUGGCCUACUUAUGGCCUAUAUGGAAUCUAGCACUUGCUAUAAUGGGCACCAUGGUGUGUGUAAAUGCUCUAUGCAGAGCCCAGCCCUGUUUUAUUUAUAGAUGCUCUAUUUUUCUCACCUGACUAUGAAAGAGUGUUAGAAGUCUUUCUGAAUUUCUGAUACAGAAGCAUUAAAGGAUUAUUUCAGCCAGCAAACCAGCAAAGCACCACUAAGACUGAUAUGGAAUAUGUAUCACAUCUGCAUGCUGAGACUUUUGCUACGGGGUAAAUUGCAAAAAUUGCACUUUUGCCUUUGUUUGCUUUCUGCUUUCUGCUUCCAUUCUUUUUUAGGCUCUGUCACUUACUUUGUAUUGAAUGUUUUAUUAUUUUACUUUUUUCUGAAAUGAAGGAAAACAAAAUAAGCCUUAAGACUUGAGUGUUGUUAAUAUUCAUCCAUUUUACCCUUAUAAUUAAUUUAAGUGAUUAAUAUUGAUUUGAUAGAGAGAAAGAGCAAGAAUCAUUUUGGGAAAAGCUAAAUAAGAUUGUGUCCCUGUUUAAACCCAGUCCAGAAAUGGAUGCAUGCAAAUGAAAUGGGUAAAUAUUUUACUGCAGCUUCUCUCUCACUUCCCUCUCAAACUUUCACAUCCAAAUAUCUGAACGUCAGAGUCAGGCUUGAUGGAAAAAUUUGUUUAAAUGAGAAAAGCAGUGAGAUUCUCUUUAUUGUACACUCUUAAAAAUAAAGGUGCAACAAAAGGUUCUUUAAGUGAUGCCACAGGUUCUGUUUCUUCCAUUAAGAAAUUUUAGGGUGUUUUACACCUAUUUCACAUGAACAAUACAAGGGUUACAAUUCAAUUUAUUGCUUUAUAAUAUUGUGUUUUUGAAAAAUGAAAAGAAAAUAUUGCGAUACAUUGAUAUAUUGAUAUUUUCCUGUUUGGGUUGCUCUGGUCUGAAUCAGAUCUAAAUUAGACCUAAAUCACAUUCUCUCUGCUGAUUGGUCAGAGCUGUCUGGGCAGGAGCAAGAAAGUAAAUACAGGAAGAAGGUCCUGUGUUAUGUACUAGUGCAUAUUUCUGUACAGUUUAAUAUGGAACAGCGGCAGAUGAUUGUCUGGGAAACCUGCAGACUUAAAAAGUAUGUGUACCUUGCGGAACUGUUAGGGGUUAUUCGGUUUAAAACUGGUAAAACAGCUUAAGGUGCUUUGAGGAACCUUUUUGGGAGGAAAAAAAAACCUUCCUAAAUGUUCCUUAAAACACUCUUUAAUUUUGUUUUUUACAACCUUUAAAACAGUGAAUGCUCACUUAAUGCUGACAAUUUAAUAAUCUUCUGUAACCAGUUUCUGUAACAGUGGUAGAACCACUUUUGAGCUUAGAGUCAUUGUCUUGCUGCAUGGCCCAUGUUCUCCUAAGAUUCAGCAAUGAUAAAAAGCAAUACAAACAUUUAUAUAAGAAAAAAGCUUCCCAAAUUAUUCUCAAACCCCAAACAAACGGCACCAAUAGUGAAAAUGAGUUACAUUCAUUUUAAACUGGACUAAAAAGUGCAUACAUUUAAAUAAGAUUUUUUUAAUUGAAAGUUUUUUCACAAAAACAGUUUAAUAUAUAGUGGAUACAAAAAUGGCUCUUCUGUGGCAUCACUCAACACUCAAACCUAUUGCACAUUUAUUUUUUUUGAGUGUAUCGAUGUGUGAAAUUUGCUAGAAAUUCAUCUGUUUUUUGAAAAAGGGAAUUCCACUGAAUUUCUGCAUAAGUUGAUGUAUUAAAAGAUCCUUCAUACGUAUUGAUAGCAGAAGUUCAGUGGAAUUUUCUCCAUAAGUUUCUGAUGUAUUAAAUAUAUAUAUAUAUAUAUAUCAUAUGUAUUGAUGGCAGAAAUCAGAAGGGAUUUUUUUUUUUUUCAUUAAUGUGGAUGGCCUUAAAAUAAUUGCGCUGUACUUUAUCUGAACCCAAACCAACCAAACCAGUUCCACCACUGAAAGCACUGGUGUCAGAUGCCUUGGUCGUGCCAUUGCCCGAGACUGUACUGCUCUGUCAUGAUGCGUCUCAUACUUGAUUUCGAAACUAGUCCUCUUUUUUUUUGGAAGUAGCUGAUUGUAUACGUGUGUUUGACUGUAUGUGUGAGUGUUAGUUUAUUGCUGAGGCUUUUUUUAAAUUUAUAACAAGCUAAGAGAUGAAUUCCUCUUUUUCUGUGUUUAAAAUGAAAAAGUGAACCAUUUGAGGGCUCAGACUUGCUGUGAUUAUGCACAACGUUUCUAUAAGGGAAUUGACCUCCUGUGACGAGCUCCAGUUCGUUAGCCUCGGCCGCCCGUGGGCACUUUGUUAAAAAUAUAAUAUAGGAAAGAAUGUAAGUUCAAAAUGAACAGGAGUAAUGCGCUGUACAUACUGAGAAGAUCAUUUUUUGUGUGAUUUGUUGAUUAGUUUAUUUCUCACUGUUUGUUUUGGAUGUUCAUGUAUUUUUGACAUAUGUGUUCUUUUCUUGAUCAUGUUUUUAAGUAUUAUUUGCACUAAAUAAUAAAAUAAACUUGAAUUAAAAGGA